AUGAAAUCAUCGAGUACUGCGACUGCUCAUCAAGAGCCGGAGGAACCAUUGGAUUUGUCACUGGGAAACCAUGGAAACUCCGCUAUGGUAGACGAGCAACAACAACAAUACGUCGUCCAAUUCUUCGACUCUCUUGCCAAGAUGGUCCAACAGAAUCUGAUGGCAGCAAUGAUCCAAAAUCUCAUCGAGUCUUCCUCCACCUCCUCCGCAGCCACCGCUUCCACAAAUCAGAUUCCCGAAGAGCCCCCUGAGAUACAAAUCGACGGAAAGGAGAAUAUGAUUUCAGUGAAGAAUCGAAUCGAAGAGAACGAGAGUACACCGAGUCCGACACACGAUAGAAGACGCACUUCGACAGGGAAACUCGAUCGGAGAAUGGUUGGAAAAGUGACGUCGAGGAGAGUGGAAGCGAACGCCCGAGAACGGAAUCGUGUACAACAGUUGUCGAGAAUGUUUGACGAGUUACGAGUGAUUCUGCCUGUGGAGGCGGAGAUGAAGAUUUCAAAGUUGUCCACGUUAAAGAAUCUCCACGACUUCAACUUUGUAGUCAUCUACCCUACCAACACUUUCCAUUAUUUCCAGGUCGCCAGUGCAUACAUCGGAUAUCUGGGCGCAAUUAUGAAAGACGACGCCGUCGAGGAGGAGCAAUUCCGAAAGAAACUUCUAGAAGAGACGGAAAGUGCAAAGACGUUGCGGAAGUAA